UUUACACACAAAAUAUAGAGAAUUUGGCUUUAUAAUAAUAAUUUCAGAUGAACAGAAAUAUUAAUUGGCCUUCGACCAAUAAUAUCCAUCAUGCAACAAGACGAGAACCCCGAUUUCUAACUAGUCAGAUAUGGAUGAACCAGUUGGAAAACGACAUGCAAGCGCACGGAGUGGAAAUAGUCGAGAUCAAUUCUGCAGAAUCUUCUCAAUCGUCGAUUGAAGGCAGUGAAAACACCAAACAACACCCAUGGAGUUAUGCCACUAAGCUAAAUAAGGAGGAAAGCGAGCCACAAGCCGGACACACAAACACAAACGGGUUGGCAGAAAAUAACGGCCUCCAAAACGAAUUCGACGGCUCUUUUUACUUUAACAACUGUGGAACCCCAGAUACAGCCGAAAUUGAGGCAUUCAACCAAACAUGCUUCAACAUACUCGACAAGCUUUCAGCGCUACAAAUGGACGGUUCUCUUGAAGAUUUUGAUUCCGACGAGGCACGAGAUGGCGACAUGGAAGCCCGAUGGAACGGCAAGGAUAACGAAGAACUCGUCUUCAGGUCUGAUUUAGACCCGGACAAACGCACCAUAUGGAUUUAUUCGUAUAAAAAUAGGCGGAUGCUAUCAGAGGACAGUUAUGAACUCGUCAACAUCCCAAGUCACGAGACUAUUUCUUCCAACGAUUCCUCUGAAAACGACAAAGAGCUGAACACGAGCAAGUCGACUAGAGUGCCAAGCCCUGUCCCUGCUACACAUAUUCCGAGACUGGAUCUCUCGCUCGGUGCCACUUUACCCAACGUAACAGAAGUGACCGAACCCAAGUCUUCGGAAUCUUUAAACCGAAAAUACGUCCCUAUAAAACAGAAGCCAACUAACAACUGGUGUGUUGACAAUUCUGAUAAGACUGAGAAUAAUGUUACCAACAUUGUUAACUGGAUGGCACUUUCGCCAAGAGAAAAACGUCACCCGAGACACAUUAACGCGCAAAUACAACUUCAAACAGUUGCUGAAAUUCCUCAAGACGAAGUACAAGUUUCUGAAACAAAUAUUCCAGAUCCCGCAAUUUUCGAAGCGAAAUCAAAUCGCGAUGAUAAUCAUGACAAAUCAGAUGAAAACGUCAAGACACCUUCACAAGUGAAUUCCCAUAGAUCUGCGACUAGUUCGAAGGGGGAACCGUUCGUUGAUAAUGCUACCUAUUUAAUUUCACCAUUUGUACGACGUGGUGAUCUUAAUCCAUUUACGGAAAAGGAAACUACACCGACUCUUAAAUAUGAAACUUCAAGUGCAUCUGAAGACCACCAAGUCGAAAAGCUUGAUGCAGUCGACCAACUCUUUAAUUCUCCCAUUUUAAAGUCAAUAGAAAAUCUCGAGAAGCACAAUUCCAUGACGAAAUACGAACGACAACGGCGUCUAGAGCGAAAAGUAAAAAGCGCUGGAGAUACAUCUACGAUAAACAACUUGUACUUACCCAACCUCAAGGAAUGGGGAACAUAUUUAUCUAUACCUGGAAGCAGGCGGUCUGUACAACAGGGACCAGUGGUAGAUGCGAACAAAACGCUGCUUGAAAGCUGUGUCAGCUGCUUUAGAUGUUGUAAAUAAAAGGUAUAAUAAUAUUGAAGUG